AAGUACUCUAAUUUCUCAAAAGAAAAUCAGAUCUACCAAAACUCCCCAUGCCUCCCUCCAACAAUUACCCCAUCUCCACAUCAACCACCAGACCUCCUCCACAAACACCAACACACCACCUCUAUUUUGCACCAAACCACCAACAAAGGACUUUCUAAAUACUCCUACUUACUACUUCAGUCAAUUCAAUUUAGUUCAAUUCAAUUUAGUUCAUUUCAAUUCAAUUCAAUUAAGUUAAGUUUUGUUGUUUUAUGUCGAAAAGAACAAGCCCAAUCGUUGAAGUUAUUGAAGUAUGUCAUCUCCAAUAUCAUAUCAUAUGAAAAAGUAGAUAAAAGAAGUGGCACCAAUCUAAUGAAAUGACCCUUAAAUUUCAAUAUCCAUAUCAAUGGCUUCCGCUUUGUAAAGCAGAUGUCCAUGUCCGUAGCAGCUUCAUGUUCAUAAGAGCAAUGACAGGUGUUUCAUCUCUACGAAUGUCGUCAUCUUCCUCUACUUCCCAUCCAACUACAACUUCUCUCAGGUGUGCUGUUCUUGGUGCUGGCUUUGCUGGUUUGUCCGUUGCUUGGAAUUUACUCUUCCACAGCCCCAACCAACUGAAACUACAAGUUGACAUCUUUGAUGAAGUUGGUAUUGGUGGCGGCGCUUCUGGAGUUGCUGGAGGCCUUGUUCACCCCUAUUCCCCUAAAGUGAAGCUUCUCUGGAGGGGUGAAGAAUGUUGGAGAGAGUUUUUGAAUCUUCUAAAUGUUGCCGAAGCUGCAGCCACAGGAGCACCAAGUUAUGCAAUGAAUGGAGAUCCUCACAGUGGGCAGAACACUGAUGGAUUUAUUGUCCGGAAAAAGGGCAUAUUGAGACCAGCUGUUAAUGAGAAGAUUUUGAAUGCAAUGCAUGAGAAUGUACUGAGUAGUCUAGCAAGUUGUCCAGUACAGGCGAUUGAUAAGAUUUCUGCAAUAGAGCUAAUACCAAAAUUAUGUACACCUUUGAACACAGCCUUCUUUAUGCCUGAAGCUGUGAAUGUCAAUCCUCAGAACUACCUUAAGGCACUUUUCCUAGCAAGUGAAAAUUUGGUCAGCAGGAUGUCAUCAAUAGGUCUCCAUGGCAAGAAUAUAACUUUGCACGAGAAAGCUGUAGCUUCACUAAGUGAAGUGGGAGAUGAAUAUGAUGUUGUGAUAGUUUGUCUUGGUGCUAGAGUUGACAUGCUAGCUGAGCUGUCUGGAAUGCUUCCUUUAAGGACAUGCAGAGGCAUUGUUGCACACCUUCAGUUGCAUGAUUCAUUGUGUGAAGAAUAUCCCGAAUAUAGUCCUUCAAUCCUAUCAGAUGUUUGGUUCGCUGUUCAGGGGCCUAGAAGUUUAUAUUUAGGCUCCACAUGGGAAUGGGGAUCAAGUAACUACUCUUCUAUUGUCUCCUCUGAAGAAGCCUCUGCCACCCUGCAACAACUUUUACCCAAGGCAAGUAUGGUAUAUCCACAAAUAACCAAUUGGAAUUUAACAGGAGCACAGGCAGGUGUCAGGGCAAUGCCCCCUCUCACUCCGCAAGGAUCAUUUCCACUUUUAGGUUGCAUAGAUGAUCUUGUAGGGGGCCAUCAUGCUUCUAAAUAUUGGUUAAUUGGAGGUCUUGGUGCCAGAGGGUUACUUUACCAUGCCUGGCUUGGAAAGUUGACUGCUCAAGCCGUGCUUUCCUCUAGUGAAGAUGUGUUACCUCCUGAACUAAUCUCUUGGAAGAAGAUGAAGAGAAAGUGAUCAAAGCAUCGUUUUAGGGCAUAGCACUUUAUCGGCUAUCUUUAUAUGUAAAUGAUUGUCAAAAAUCUGUUAAACAAUUUGAGACUUAUUGUGCCAAAAAGAUAUUCUUGGAAAUUCGUUUUUGCUGUGCAUCUCAUGUUAGUUUAGUCCUCGAUUCGAUCCUCCAUACAACUGCUGUAACAAUGAUGUAUCGUAUUGUACAAAAUUGUUGACAGAAGUAAUGAUAAUGAAUUUGUGAGCAUGCAUGGGUUUAUUCUGUAUGCUGAGGUUGGCAUUUAUUUACUUUUUCCACAA